CUACACUGACUCUAUCGCCAAGCAACACGUCGACUCGUACCAAUUGGCAGCAUUCACUACCUUUCUCCCUAUCUUUGUGUCGCUAGGCGUCUCGAUAUAUUUAGAAUAUGAAAACCCUACGAUGCAUCACGGGCUCUCAGUGGGUGUCGUAUUAGCAAGCAUAUUCCUCCUGUUGGCUACUCUAUUCUUAACUCGUUCUUCGCAGUCUUCUCAGGGUCUCCUCAUUGGGUACUCGGCCGCUGGGCUCCCUCUCUACUCCUCUCAAGUCUCCCCACCCACUUCAAUGAACUGGAUAAGACCUCUCUUAGGACAGGUCAUAGAGAACCCGGACUCACGAAGGAUAUUCUAUUUCCUUUUACUGAAUCUAGCAUUCACAGGUGUUGAGAUGGUGUAUGGUAUAUGGACAAACAGUCUUGGUCUCAUUUCCGACGGGUUCCACAUGCUCUUUGAUUGCACUGCCCUACUGGUUGGACUCUCGGCUGCUGUCAUGAGCCACUGGAAACCAACACGUCUCUAUUCGUUUGGUUACGGGCGAGUAGAGAUACUCUCCGGAUUCGUUAAUGGCUUGUUCCUUAUUGUCAUUGCUGGGUUCAUAUUCACUGAAGCUAUUGGUAGACUGGUGGACCCACCGGAGAUUAAUACUAACAGAUUGCUAUUUGUGUCAGUUGCUGGCUUUAUUGUCAACAUGAUUGGAGUUAUGAGCUUCCAUUCACACAUUGGGCAUUCACACGGCCACUCCCAUGAUCAUGGCCACUCCCACGGUCACUCCCACGGCCAUUCUCAUGAUCACAACCACGCCCACUCUCACGGCCACACCCACAAUCAUCAUAGCAACUCUCAUUCCCAUGAUCAUAGCCACUCACAUUCACAUGAUGGCCAUUGUCACCACAGCAACUCGAAUAUGCAUGGUGUAUUCCUUCACGUAUUAGCUGAUACCUUGGGUAGUGUUGGUGUCAUUAUCUCUUCGCUAUUAGUCCAGUACUUUGGUUGGCUUAUAGCUGACCCAAUCUGCUCUCUCUUCAUUGCUAUACUCAUAGUUCUGUCAGUCAUUCCUCUACUGAAAGCAUCAGGGACUAAUCUUAUACUAGCUACACCUCCUCAUUCUGGUGUCCAGGAAGCACUUGAUAAGGUACGUAGAUUACAGGGCAAGACUUAGAUGUAUUCAGGUUUCUCACAAGAUUUUGGCAUAAUGCUCAGCUUUUUACAUGUUCUUGUGUUGCGUAGCAAGU